GUUUUUUCUUCCCAGAUUAUUAUGAGCUCAAUCUUUUAGCAAGGGUAGAUGAUCAGAUGGACGGAUGUUACAAAAACAUAAUGGUGUUUUCUUGGGUUGAUGAUCCACAGUGUUUUUGAGAAGCGUAUAACAUGAGAUACCAUAACGGGAGGUGGGGACGGUGUUUCUGGCGUUGUAACACCGUUUUUGUGUGCCACCUCAGCCGAUAAUGGCAUUUUUGUAACCAUUACCGGGUAGUCUAAUGGUAGAAACUUAAUGGAUCAUGUGCAAGAUUUGAAAACCACAUGAUCACCCUUAUCAAUUUUACAAUACUAAGUCAACCACAAGGACCAAAUAUGUAAUUUACCUUUAUAAAAAGAAAGAAAAUAAAUAAAACAACUUGGUCAGAUUUGGGACAAGUGUGACGUGGCCAAAAGCAAAUUUCCAAUUCGGAGGGAUCGCCGCUGCGCUCCAAUCCGCUUCAUUUGUAGGUCGUAAGACCAUUAUCACCGGCGGCGCUUGGCGGAACUAAAACCUCCCACCGGCCAUCACUGUCCAUAACGAGCUAUAACUACGAAACAAGAAAACCAACAAAAACCCGGAUGAAGUUUACAAGGAACAAGAAAACAUCAUUCUCCUAACAUGGUGUCUUUCUUUUGCAAUGCCCUCUCUCAAACCCACCAACUAUAAUCAAAUUCAACGUCCUUGUGUGAUCCAAUCGGUACAUAAUUUAUGCUCGAAGGGACGCCUGAAGGAAGCAGUGCAAUCGCUCGAAAAUUUAGCAAGUAAAGGUCUACGUUUGGACACGAGAUCUUUAGCUCUUCUUUUACAAGAGUGUGCGAAUUACAGAUCACUUAAAGAAGGAAAAUGGGUUCAUUUGCAUAUGAAUGUUACGGGUCGGAAGAGACCCGGUACGUUCUUGUCCAAUCAUUUAAUUUACAUGUAUUCAGAGUGUGGGAAUUGGGUUUGUGCACGGAAGGUGUUUGAUAAAAUGUCUAUCAAAAAUUUGUAUUCUUGGAACAACAUGCUAUCGGGGUAUGCUAAAUUAAGGAUGAUGAAACCAGCUCAGACCUUGUUUAACCAAAUGCAGGAGAAGGAUGUUGUGUCAUGGAAUACAAUGGUCAUCGGCUAUGCACACACUGGACAUUAUAACAAGGCAUUGAAGUUCUUUAAAGAUUUGAGAAUGUCAAACAUUAGGCUAAACGAGUUCAGUUUUUCAGGUCUCUUAACCGUUUGUAUCCAAACAAAAGAGUUAAAACUCACAAAACAAGUCCAUUGUCAGGUAUUUCAUCUUGGUUUCUUAUCAAAUAUAGUACUUUGUAGUUCAAUCAUCGACAGCUAUUCAAAAUGUGGUGAGAUUCACAAUGCAAGGAACCUGUUCGAUGAAAUGCCUAAAAGAGACGUUCUUUCUUGGACCACUAUAGUUUCAGCAUACGCAAAGUCAGGAGACAUGAAAUCAGCUAACGAGUUAUUCAACAUCAUGCCAAACAAAAAUCCCAUAUCUUGGACCUCACUAAUUUCAGGAUACACAAGAAACGGUUUCCCAUAUGAAGCACUUAACCUCUUCACAAAGAUGAUAUCACAAAAAGUCACCCCAAAUCAGUUCACUUUCAGCAGCGCCCUAUGUGCUUCUGCUAGCCUCACUUCAAUCAAAAUCGGUAAACAAAUCCAUGGAUUCUUGAUAAAAUCACAUCUCACACCAAACACUAUAGUUCUUAGCUCCCUAAUCGACAUGUAUUCCAAAUGUGGAAGUGUACAACUUAGUCAAAUAGUUUUCAAUCUUGUCACUGAUACACACAACACAAUACUAUGGAACACAAUGUUAUCAGCUUUAUCUCAACAUGGUCAUGGAAAACAAUCUUUAGAGCUUUUCUCCAACAUGGUGAGAUCAAAAGUAAAACCAGAUAGGAUUACAUUUAUCAUACUUCUAAGUUCAUGUAGUCAUUCGGGACUUGUUCAAGAGGGUGUUAAUCUUUUCAACAAUAUGAUUCAAGAUCAUGGGAUUAGUCCUGAUGAAGAACAUUAUGCGUGUUUGAUUGAUCUUUUGGGGAGAGGAGGGUGUUUUGAUGAAGUGGUGAAUUGUUUACAGAAGAUGAAAGUAGAACCUGAUGUGCGUGUUUGGAAAGCUUUACUUGGUGUUUGUAGGAUUCAUGGGAAUAUGGAAUUGGGGAUAAAAGCUGGUGAAAAGUUGAUUGAAUUGGAACCUGAUUCUUCAGUUGGGUAUGUUUUGCUUUCAGGGAUAUAUGCGAUUUCAGGGAAGUGGGAUUUGGUUGGAAAAGUGAGGAAGAUUAUGAAGGAAAGAGGUGUGAGGAAAGAAUUAGGGUUUAGUUGGUUGGAAAAUGAGAAAAAGUUUCAUGCUUUUAGUGUAUCGGAUAAGUUGAAUGGUUUUGAAGGUGAGAUUGAAUCGGUUUUGGAGAUUUUAGCUUCUGAAAUGGAAGAAGAAGAAGAUGAUGAUGAUGAUGAUGAUGAUGAUGAAUCUUUUCGUGAUAGUUGAAGGUAAUGUUUCGAUGUUUGUUUUCGAUGUUUGUUUUUGAUGUAUUUUUUGUUGAAUAAUUGAAGAGUAAAUUAGAAAGAGGGAUAAAGUUCAUAGAUUUGUAGGAUGAAUGAGUUGAUGUUAAAGUACAACAUUGUACUUUGAAAUUUUUUGUUAGUAAGACAUAGUACUUUGAAAAGCUAACCAGUUAUAGCAUUUUGUACUAUUCGAUUAUUUUGUGUUAUUAGAAUAGUAUGCUUAAAAAGUUC